AUGGGAAAAACAAACCACACCACCGACAACAACAACAACAAUACUAAUAACAAUCAUAAUAAUAAUAAUAAUAAUAGUAUUAAUAAUGUUGUAUUUCAAUGUAAAUGUCUAAUAUGUAAAAAUGGUUUACCACUAUUAUUAUCAAAAGGAGCAUCACCAGAAUUAAAAGAUUAUUUACACACAAUCAUAUAUGUACUAGCUCAUAAACAAAAGAAAGAUUAUAAAAAACAAUUAAAAAAACUAAAUAAACAAAAUAAUAACAAAAACUCAUAUAAUGAUGAUGAUUAUGAUGAUGAUGAUGAAGAAGAACAAGAUAAUAAAUAUAAUAAUAAUAAAUAUAAUGAAGGAGGAGAAGAAGAAAAUGAUAAUGAUAGUAAUGAUGAUGAUGAUGAUGAUGAUGAUGAUGAUGAUGAUCAAGAUAAACAAUACCAAUAUGUUCAAACUAAAGAUAUAAAUAGUUUUAUAUUCAGUCAUAAGAAAAUAUUAAAUUUUAAUGGUGAAUUAAUUAUGGAUAGAGAUAGUGUAACCAAUUGUUUAUCACAUAAGCAUAAACUUUUUAAAAGUGGUAAAAAUAAAUUUGGUGUUGGUUAUUGGACUCUAUUAGAUAAGAAUGAUAAUCCAUGGGAACAAAAAAAUAUACGUUUACUAACCUCAACAACUUCAAAUACUUCAAUUUGUGGUGCUGUAACUCACCGUGGUAACAUUUGUCAAAAAACUACAACUUGUCCAUUUCAUUCAACUCUAAUUGUAAAUAGUAAAAAUAGUAAAAAUAAUAAUAAUAGUAAUAAUAGUAAUAGUAAUAAUAAUAAUAUUGGUAAUAAUAUAAUUAAAUCAAAAUCAGCGACAACUACACCAAUGAUAUUAUCUCCACAGAAAAUACAGCAGCAGCAACAACAACAGCAACAACAGCAGCAGCAACUACAACAACAACAACAACAGCAACAACAUUCAUCACCGCCACAACAACAGCACCAGCAGCAUUCACCAAUUAAUUGUUCUUGUAUGUUAUGUAAAAGAGGAACACCACAAAAAUUAAAAGAAUCUGCAGAAUUAAAAGAUCAUCUUAGAGUUAUUAUAUAUGUUUUAUCAAGUCAAAGUUUAUCAAGUAAUAAUAAUAAUAACUCAACACCAACAAUUGAACCAAAUUAUGUAACAACUGUUGAUAUUCAUACAUUUAUAACAUCACAUAAAGUAUUAUUAAAUUUAAAUAAUAAUUUAAUACCUGAUAGAAAUAGUGUUACAAAUUGUCUUUCACAUCAACACCGUAUAUUUAAAUCUGGUAAAGAAAUUUAUGGUUGCGGUUAUUGGUCACUCAAAGAUCCAUAUGAAGAUCCUUGGAAUGAAUCAAUUGAUUCAAAUUCUUCAACCCCAUCAUCAUCACCUUUAAAUCCUUUAAUUUGUGGUGCAAUCACUAAUCGUGGAAAUAUUUGUAAGAAACCAUUAAAUAAAUGUUCAUUUCAUUCAAAUAAACCUGGUAUAAAAAAUAUCUCUUCAAUAACAACCAUAACAAAUAAUAAUACAAACAGCUUUUAUUUAAUUCAAAAACAGCAACAACAACAACUUCAACAUCAACAACAACAGCAACAGCAACAACAAAAUAAUAGUAAUAGUAAUAAUGAAGAUGAAUUUUUCAGUGAAAGUGAAAGUGAAAGUGAAAGUGAUUUUUAUUCUGAUGAUGUUGAUAAUAAUGGUAAUUUUGGAAGUAGUAGUAGUAGAGCAAGUAGUAAAAGUAAUGGUAGUAGCCACAACAACAACAACAACAACAACAACAACAACAACAACAACAACAACAACAACAACAACAACAACAAUAAUAAUAAUAAUAAUAUUAUUAUUAAUAAUAAUAAUUAUAAUAGUAAUAAUAACAAUAAUAAUAAUAAUAAUAAUGGUAAAAGAAAAGAUUUCAUUGAAGAGAUUGAAGAGAUUGAUAAUGAUGAAUUAUUACCAAAAGUUAAAAGAUUAAAUUCAAAUGAAUGUAAUUUCUCACCUUCAACUUCAAAUACCACCAUUUAUAUUGGUAUUGAAGAUAAUUUCUUUGAUAAAACACCCUCUUUACCUUCUUCACCAUUAAUUUCAAAUUCUUCACCUUUAGUUGUAAAUAAUAAUAAUAAUAAUAAUAAUAAUAAUAAUAAUAAUAAUAAUAAUAAUAAUAAUAAUAAUAAUAAUAAUAAUAAUAAUAAUAAUAAUAAUAAUAAUACUAAUAAUAAUCAACAAAAUAGUUUAAUUUUAUCAAUACCAAAUUCAAAAAUCAAUAAUUAUAAUAAUAAUAAUAAUAAUAAUAAUAAUAAUAAUAAUAAUAAUAAUAAUAAUAAUAAUAAUAAUAAUAAUAAUAAUAAUAAUAAUAAUAAUAAUAAUAAUAAUAAUAAUAAUAAUAUUAGUAGUAGUAAUAAUAAUAAUAAUAGUCAAAGUUUAUAUGCAAUUGAAUUGGAGAGGAAGAUAUUGGAUAAUUAUAGUUUUUAUAGUGUUUUUAGUAGAUUGGGCGAAAUUAAAAUUGAUCCAAUCAAACUUAGUAAAGAGUAUGUUAGAUUAAUGAUUAUAAAAUCAAUGGAGAAAGAUUACAAUGAUAUUUUGGUUGCAAGUCCAAUGGUCCAACUAUUUCAUAAAACUCAUUUUCAAGAUUUGAAUAGAUAUAAAGAUUUUUGUAAAUUAAUUCAGUAUGACAAUUGUUGUAUAUCUGAUAAUAAUAAUAAUAAUAAUAAUAAUAAUAAUAAUAAUAAUAAUAAUAAUAAUAAUAAUAAUAAUAAUAAUAAUAAUAAUAAUAAUAAUAAUAAUAAUAAUAAUAAUAAUAAUAAUAAUAAUAAUUCAAGUAUAGUUUGUCAACAUUCAUCACAACAAUCUCUCCAAUCAAAAGAAGUUCAAAGAAAAUAUUAUGAAAAAACUUUAUCAUUUUAUCAUAAAUAUUUUAGUAAUAAUAAUAAUAAUAAUAAUAAUAAUAAUAAUAAUAAUAAUAAUAAUAAUAAUAAUAAUAAUAAUAAUAAUAGUAAUAGUAUAGACUCUGAUAUUUGGCAAAUUGAUUAUCUUUUGUAA